AACCUGUUAGCUGAAAAAGUAGAACAGCUGAUGGAAUGGAGCUCCAGGCGCUCAAUCUUCCGAAUGAACGGUGAUAAAUUCCGAAAAUUUAUAAAGGCUCCGCCUCGAAACUAUUCAAUGAUUGUCAUGUUCACAGCUCUUCAACCUCAGCGGCAGUGUUCAGUGUGCAGGCAAGCUAAUGAAGAAUACCAAAUACUGGCUAACUCCUGGCGCUACUCAUCUGCUUUCUGUAACAAACUCUUCUUCAGUAUGGUGGAUUAUGAUGAAGGGACAGAUGUUUUUCAGCAGCUCAACAUGAACUCUGCUCCUACUUUCAUGCAUUUUCCUCCAAAAGGCAGACCCAAGAGAGCUGACACUUUUGACCUUCAAAGAAUUGGAUUUGCAGCAGAACAACUUGCAAAAUGGAUUGCAGACCGAACAGAUGUUCAUAUUCGGGUUUUCAGACCACCUAACUACUCUGGUACCAUUGCCUUGGCCCUGUUAGUGUCGCUUGUUGGUGGUUUGCUUUAUUUGAGAAGGAACAACUUGGAGUUCAUCUAUAACAAGACUGGAUGGGCCAUGGUAUCUCUGUGUAUAGUUUUUGCUAUGACUUCUGGCCAGAUGUGGAAUCAUAUACGUGGACCUCCAUAUGCUCAUAAGAACCCUCACAAUGGUCAAGUGAGCUAUAUUCAUGGGAGCAGCCAGGCUCAGUUUGUGGCAGAGUCGCACAUCAUUCUGGUACUGAAUGCUGCUAUUACCAUGGGGAUGGUUCUUCUAAAUGAAGCAGCGACUUCCAAAGGAGAUGUUGGAAAGAGACGGAUAAUUUGCAUAGUGGGGCUUGGCCUGGUUGUCUUCUUCUUCAGUUUUCUACUUUCAAUCUUUCGCUCCAAGUACCAUGGCUAUCCUUACAGUGAUCUGGACUUUGAGUGAGAAGAUGAGAUUUGGACCAUGGCACUUAAAAACUCUGUAACCUCAGCUUUUUAAUUAAAUGAAGCCAAGUGGGAUUUGCGUAAAGUGAAUGUUUGCCAUGAAGAUAAACUGUUCCUGACGUUAAACUACUUUGAAUUCAUGAUUUCAUCUUUGUUGAUUGUGAUAAGUUAGCUUAUUCUUGUAUACUUUUUUUAAACUGUGGGUUUUUCUGGUACAUUUAAUUUAUAGAAAUGAGUAGCAACAUUUAAUAUUCCACAAAGGAAACAUCCAAGUGUUUUUAAAGCAUAUUAAAUUCAGUGUAUGCCACAGAUUGAAAUAAAUGACAAUGUAACUGUGAAUUCAUGUUUUAGAACUGCUCGCUCAUUAGUAAAGGAAAUCACACAGUUAAAGGAAAUGUAUGAAAUGUAUGUUAAAGAAUUGUGAGUAUUGUACAGGGAUAAAGCAUAUGCAUGAAAAUGUCAUGUUGAAAAUUAUACUUAUUGAAGUUUCAGUUAUAAAGGACGUGCACUGUUACAAA